AUGAUAGCUACAGCCGUAGUUAAUGUAAAGGCCAGCUCCGGUGUUUACGUGCAAGCGCGAGCUCUACUUGACUCCGGUUCUCAGGUCAACUUUAUGACCGAAGAGCUUUUGCAGAAAUUGCGAAUCCGGAAAGAAAAAUUCGCUCUAAAUAUAGUUGGAAUUGGCAAUUCUAAUAAAAAGGUCCAAGGCAAGCUAAAAACGUAUAUAAAAUCGAGGAUCAACAAUUUUGAGUUUUCGGUGGACUUUUGGGUAAUGCGUUCGAUAUCAGUCAAUCAUCCAGAUCGGACUGUAAACACAAAUGGCUGGAAAAUCCCACAAAAUAUUGAACUAGCUGACCCAAGUUUCUACAAGUGUCAGAAAAUAGACAUACUUUUAGGAGCUGAAAUAUUCUUUGAUCUGUUAUCGGUGGGUCAGAUCAGAACCAGCCCAAGGCAGCACACGCUGCAAAAAACUGUGUUAGGCUGGAUAAUUUCAGGCAAGUAUGCCACAAAUAAUAGCUCCAGUGCCCAAGUAAGUAGCACAUUAUGUCAAUUUGAAGAAAGCGUUGCUAGCAUUGAUACUACAAUCCGAAAAUUCUGGGAAUUGGAAGAAAUACCUGCACAAGUAAAUUCCACACGACUGACUCCAGAGCAGGCAAAAUGUGAGGAAUUUUUUUCGAAAACCACACAGGUUUUACCAUGUGGAAGGCUUCAAGUCAGACUGCCUUUCAAAACCGACCGUAAAUUACUCGGUCAUUCGUAUGCAACCGCAGCUCGGCGGUUUCAGGCGCUGGAGAGAAGGACGCUGAAAGAUCCAGUACUUCGUAAAAUGUACCUGGACUUCACGCAAGAGUAUCUCGAAUUGGGGCAUAUGAGUCCAACAAAUAAUCGACUCCCGAGUGAGCCGCACUAUUUCAUUCCGCACCAGUGUGUGUUAAGACCGCAGAGCACAACUACCAAGUUGCGCGUAGUUUUUGAUGCUUCGAGUCGCACAUCAACACAAGUUGCGUUGAAUGAAACCUUGAUGGUCGGACCGAUCGUUCAAGAGGACCUUUUUUCGACCCUCCUUCGCUUCCGAUUGCACAAAUAUGCCAUGACUGCCGACAUCACGAAGAUGUAUCGUCAAAUAUUAGUGCACGAAGACGACAGGAACUUCCAGCUCAUAGUGUGGAGACAGGAUCCAUCGGAGCAUUUGCAAAUUUUUCGAUUAAACACCGUAACAUACGGCACAGCGCCUGUACCAUUUCUCGCCACACGGUGUCUGCAAAUGCUAAGCGACAAAAAUAAAGCCAAAUAUCCACUCGGUUCCAAAGUCAUUCGGAAUGACUUUUACGUCGACGACCUAUUAACAGGAUCCGAUAUAGAAAGCCUCACCCAGAUACAACAGGAAGUAAAUAUAAUUUUAGAAUCGGCAGGCCUGAAAUUAGCAAAGUGGUUUUCCAAUCAUACAAGCUCAUCGGAUAGUGAGAGUCUCCAAAAAUUAUUGCAGCUCAGCGAUACCGACUCCACCAAAACGCUGGGAAUCCACUGGCAGCCGAAAGAUGACAUUUUUCGCUUCAUUCUGGAAGAUAAUUUUAGCGAGCUGCGAGCAACUAAACGUAAUAUUUUAUUAGUUUCCGCUCGCCUCUUUGACCCUCUUGGUUUAUUAGCCCCGCUAGUUACCAAAGCUAAAAUCUUAUUACAAGAGCUUUGGAUUCAAAAGCUAGACUGGGAUGAGUCGAUUCCAUUGCGGCUUGACACUAGCUGGCAAAACUUUAAAGCCAAUUUGUUGCAGCUUCCAUCAAUUAGCUUUCCUCGGUUCAUUGGGCGCCGAGGGAUGCCAGCCAAAAUAUACUGCGACAACGCGACGAGCUUCGUGGGAGCAGAGAGGAAGCUGAGGGAGCUCCGGGAAGCCUUUCUGGCACAGAAAGAGGAGAUUCUCCAAUACGCCGCCGACGAAGGAUUCAUCUUCGCCUUCAUACCUCCGAGGGCACCCCACUUCGGCGGCCUGUGGGAAGCAGCAGUGAAGUCGGCCAAACAUCUGCUGGUGCGCGCCGUAGGCAACGCGCUGUUAACCGCCGAAGAAACCGCAACGCUUCUCGCCGAAGUAGAAGCGGUACUGAACUCCCGACCGCUCGCACCACUCAGCAACGACCCCAACGACAGCGAGGCGCUAACGCCGGCGCAUCUACUAAUCGGUUGCCUCUUGCGAGCUUUGCCACCGGAGAGGUACCCGUCAACCUCAGCCGCUGCUUAG